AAAAAACUUUGUCGCAUUUAAAAAAAACUUGAUUGAACAUAAUUAUUUCAAUUCCUAUUGAUUGAUUGAUUGAAUGUUUUCAUUUAGCUCUUUCUUUAAAUUGUCAUAUUCUGUCUGAUUUUAUCCGAUAAGAAUUCACUUUUUCUUGAAGAACAAAAAAGUCUACAUUUUUUUUUGAACAAUAUGCGUAUAUCACAACAACAACAACAACGAUCAUUGUUCAAUGUGAACAAUCAGAUACCAAUAACACCGGCUGAACUUUGUGAAGCUGAUGAUAUUGCUACAGCAUUGAUUGUUGAUCAAUAUCUUGGGUUUACAACACAUAAAAUGAAUACAAGAUUUCGUCAGCCAAAAGUUCCAAAAGAUCAAUUACGAAAAAUAAUUAUGAAAUUUAAAGAACAUCAAAAUUAUGAACAAACAUUGAAAGAAAUUUUUGAUGGUGAAUGGGCACAUUCAUUAUAUGCAACAAAAAGUAUUCGAAUGCAAAAAAUCAUUCGACAACAUAUCGUAAAUUUUCUUCGUAUGUUUGAUAAACAAGCUGGUUAUGAAAUUCGUCCUUGUUAUCGUUAUUCAUUGGAAGGAAAAUGUGGUGCCAGAUUAUGUUCAACACAAAAAUGGCGAAAAAAUGAUAAAAUUGAACAUCUAGUUGGUUGUAUUGGUGAACUUAGUUCAAAAGAAGAACAAGAACUUUUGAAACCCGGCCUAAAUGAUUUUUCUGUUAUGUAUUCUUGUCGUAAAAAUUGUGCACAAUUAUGGUUAGGUCCGGGUGCUUAUAUUAAUCAUGAUUGUCGUCCAAAUUGUAAAUUUGUUAGUACUGGUCGUUCAACGGCUUGUAUAAAAGUUCUUCGGCCAAUUGAAGAAGAUGAAGAACUUACCUGUUAUUAUGGUGAUGAUUUUUUUGGUGAUAAUAAUUGUUAUUGUGAAUGUGAAACAUGUGAACGUCGUUGUGUUGGUCGUUAUGCAAAUAAUAACAAAUUAAAUUCAAGCGAUCAUUCAAGUAAUAAUUCUCAUUCAUCAUUGGCCACCGCAACAACAACAACGACGGCAAUGAAUAAUAAUCCAGCCGUUGUUGGACAACAAUCAUCAACGACUGUUCAACCACCACCAACAUCAUUAAUAGCCGGACAACAAAGUUAUUCAUUACGUGAAACAGAUAAUCGUCUACGAAGACAGAUACGUAAUCAGAAACAAAAAAAUCUUAAAACUUCAUCGGAUGAUGAUGAAUCCAAUUCACCAUCAUCCGCAACAACAACAAAACCAACUGAUUAUAGAAAUCAAUCGAUUGCUGAUCAAUUAUAUGAACAAAAUAGUGAUGAUAAUAGUAGCCAUAAUAGUAAUGGUUUAUUGAAGAAAAAACCAAAACAACAACAGUCAUCAUCCACAUCAUCAUCAUCGAAUCGUAAAAAACGAAAACGACUUCAAACAACAACAACAAAAACACAACUCAACAAUAAUAAAUCGGGAAAUGUUUCCGAAACAAAAAUUGAUUUAAAAUCAACAACAAAAACUGCCAUCAUACGUAUGAUUCCGAAUACUAGAUCUCAACAACGAUCAUUAUCAUCAACAACGACGGUUCGAACAUCAACACGUACCAUAUCAUCAUCAUCAUCAGAUAAUAAUUCAACGCAAGUAAACCAACAAUCGGUCAAUAGUCGUAUAAGAAAUUCAAAUUCGACCAAAACAUCGACAAGACGUAAAUCCACUGAAUCAUCUUUAUUAUCAUCAAAACAACCAUCAACAAGACCAAAGAUAACAAAAGUAUUGUCCAUGACAGUCAAUAAUGAUGAUGGUGAUCAACAAUCAUCAUUAUCAUCAUCAAUCAAUCAAACAAAACAAUUAAGACGUUCUAGUCGUAUUAAUUCAUUGAUUAAUCAAAAAUCAGAUGAUCAAGAUCAGGAUAAGGAAUCUUCGCCAAUUGAUAAAAUUGAUGAUGUUGAUGAUGAUGAUGAUAAAAUGAUGGAAAUAUCGACAUCGCCACCACCACCACCACCACCACCAUUAUCAUCAUCAUCGACAAAAUCAUCAUCAAACACCAUCAGUAAUGUUGAAUCAUCGAUACUAUCGAAUCGUCCUUUUCCGCAAAAUAAUUCGAAUUCAACACAAAAAUCGAUCAAAUUAACAAUUCGAAUGAAUCCUCGUCAUCAUUCUUCAAAUGAUUCAACAAAUCAUCAUGGUCAUUAUCAUUCUACGAAUAAUUUAAAUUGUGAUAUUACUACAAAUACAAAAUCAAAUACU